GUCUUAAUUUAUUACAUAUGGUACAUUUCCUAGUUAACUGACCCUUAAAUUUCCCAAACAGCACAGAGGAUCCUACAGAAUGAGGAUCUAUGAGAGGGACAACUUCAUGGGUCAGAUGUAUGAGAUGUCGGACGACUGCGAUUCCUUCAUGGAUCGUUACCACUGGUCCAACGGCUGCAUGUCCUGCCAUGUGAUGGACGGCCACUGGCUCAUGUAUGAGCAGCCCCACUACAGAGGCAGGAUGUGGUACUUCAGGCCUGGAGAGUACAGGAACUUCAGAGACUACGGUGGCAUGAGGUUCAUGAGCAUGAGGCGCAUCAUGGAUUCCUGGUAUUAA